UAACCCAUCGUUGGGUGUACAUCUCGAUGCAACUGUCGCGGAAGUUGUGUUUCAGAGUGCAGGUGGCUCUUGUUACUUUGUCGACGGCUGUAACAGGACGUCAGGUCAGGUGUGCGAGUUAAAAGGAAAAACUACGCCUGGGCGAGUGCAAAGUGUCUUGCACCAGUGGACGUCAGGAAUGGGGACCAUCCCAAACGACAUCAGGAGGCUACUAGAUGACUGCGAGUUGUUUGUGUCUGAGAUCCUUCAGGACGAGCAGCUGAGUGAAAAUGCGGCAGAGACCCGCAAAGUCUUAUUGAAUAAUUUCAGGGUGGUGCAUGUGAGAAACCCUCAGGAAUUCCCCUUUCGCUCUGACUCGAGGGAGGAAGACGGUUCUGACGACAACCGCAGCUCCAGUCUGGGUCGCUCUGCACCGUCCGACGACGCCUCGCUGGCUUCCGACUACCAGGAGGACGGAGCGGCUGAGUUCCUUGAGGACAUUCCCCUCACAGCAGCUCAAGACCUCGGCAACAUCCUGAAGCAGGGCUUCUUGGAAAAGAAACGACGAGAUCACAGCUUCUUUGGCUCAGAGUGGCAGAAGAGAUGGUGCGUUCUCAACAAUUCCAUCUUCUUCUACUUUGGCAGUGACAAAGAUAAACAACAAAAAGGCUCGUUUUAUAUCAACGACUACAGUGUUCAGCUCAACAACAACCUGAGGAAAGACUCCAAAAGGAAUGCCUGCUUUGAGAUGUAUGCUCCCGGACAGAGGACGUUUCAGUUCACUGCUGGCAGUCCUCAGGAAGCUCGAGAAUGGGUGAACUACAUCAGUUUUGUGCUGCGAGAUCUUAGCUCCAGCACCAUUCCUUUCGACGAGGACGAGGAGGAUAAUGACGACGGUGACGAGACAACCUACGACGACAUUGAAAGGCCCUCAGGCCUGCCCUGGCCUGCGGGUGCUGUCGCCGCCCGGGCCUCUCACAGUAGCGUGGGAAGGCGGAAGGAAGACGGAGAGGAGGACAUCAGUGACAUUUAUGAGGUUCUGCCAGAUGAGGACUUUCCAGAUCCACCAGCCGAGGGCUUAGAGACAUCCAACAAAGCCGUGUUGGAUUAUGCCAACUACUACCAGGCCGUGUGGGACUGCCAAGCAGACGCACCAGAUGAGCUGUCCUUCCUCAGAGGAGACCUCAUAUUCGUCCUCAGCAAGCGCGGCGGCCAAUCAGAGCCCGUAUAUGGCGAGGGAAGCCGACCAAUGGCGGGUGAGCCCCAAAGUGUCCAGCUGCUUGUCAACAGAGAGGAAAGAACGUGGACAACAGCGACACCCCCUGACGGCCUCUAGCAAAACACUAAGUGAAUUUGAGGAAAAAGGGCGGAAUCAUUUAAGUCAGCGUGAGACUCGAAAGAAAAAAAGCGACAUACACAGCACACGUACACACAAAACACACAAGGUCAAAGAUUUAUGUGGACACACAGACUCACACGGACACACACAAACGCACGUAGGCACACACAGAUACGCACACAGACACAUAGGUGCACACUCCCAUAGGUACACAAGCACAAACACACACACAGAACGCAUCAGGCGUACAACGCACACACACAUUUUACGGUCCCUACCAGGUCAACGCACACAAAAACCGGCACCCAGACUUGAAACCUGAACAGUAUCAUUGAAACCGUAAUUUGAAACUUUAACUCCAAACCCUAACACAGACUAAAAAUACAAUUGAAACCCUACGUUCAAACACUAAUGCUGUCUUGACAUCUGAAACCCUAACCUUGCUUGUUUCUACUACAACGUAAAAGAGUCCAUUUGGGAAGCAUUUAUUGAAAUGGAUGACCAUCUAUUGCGUGAUGCUGUUUAUCACAGUGUUCUAGAAAGCUUUGAGGAAUGAUACAGUGUUGAAGGAGGACAUUUCCAGCAUUUACGCAAUUAAACUGAGUUCAAUAAAUGUAAUUGGAAUAAAUUAGUAUAGAUGUAAUAAAAUGUAAACAUUACAGUUAACCCCCGCUAUCCACUUGGGGUAUGGACCGAGCUCAGCACUGCUGCAAAUAGCUAAAAAAAAAAACUGCAAAUAAUUGACACACCCCGCCCCAAUUUUUUAAAUAAUUGCCUAUAUUUAUAUUUUAAACGGUCAGUAUACCACACAAAAAAACAGGCAAAACUCCUCCUACCCGACAUAACAAAGAUCUUAGAACAGUCCAGAUGUACAGAAUCACUUCAAUAUACUUCCUUGACACCAGUUGCUACUUUCCUAUUAGCCAGGAUGUUGAUGCCAUCUUGGAGCAUCUUCGGGCAUUAUAGAAAGAGCCCAAUAAUACACAGAGGUUCUGGAAAUUUUGUUUUUCAGUAACAAGGUGCAGAUAGGUUCCAUGGGGGAAAAAAAACAUGCCUAGGUGCAGGUUCACUGCCAACCCUGUAUAACUUGCGAAUGAAAGAUUCGUAAAAUGCGGGUACAACAUACUAAGUUGCGCAGAGGAAAUUUGUAAAUCCCGUGUGCAACUUGCGUAUUUUGCAAGAUCAACUUGGGGAGAGCGUGCAUGUGACUUGUGUAUCUUGCAAGCGCCAGUGAUUUAAACUCAUGCUCGCAUACAUAAGAAAUCAAACACGUUCAUGUCAUCUCCUGGGUUCCGUAAAAAGUCAAAUCUGGGAGACAAAAGGGGUGCUGGGGGCUCCCUUUCUUCUUUUGUGUGAACUCCGUCACACCCCCUUGCUCUGUCACACAGCCAUUUAAGAACCCCCGCUGCUAUUGUGGCCAUAGACACCAAGCAAGACAUCCUAUUUACCACCCAGAGUAGCAGGGGGUGAGUCUGGGGUCCGGGGUCACGGAGGAGGCAACGGUCAGCCUCCGGUCAACUACAGUAGGUCAUUAUUCAGCCUGGCCAAUAACCCGAUCCAUUCUACUUAAUUAUUAUGAAUGCGGGGGGCGGCGUAAACAGCCGUCAUCAUUACAGACGCUCAGUGGCAUACACAAAUGCUCUUUAAAUGGCCAUUUGCUUAAGCAGCCGCAUGCCGUCCCAAAGCACACUUUUCUUUUCCUCUCAUCUCGUCAUGCGGAGAUCUUCGAGUGUCUCCUUCAUCCUUCCGACCAAUUCACUCCACUAAUUAAAAGCCCUCUUGGAACAGAGACGGACACUAAGUGGCCUUUUGGAUGUGCGGAGGUGCACAAGAGGCAUCCAUAUCUCUAAAAUGCUUCUACACCUAAUAUUUUGAUACUCAGUGAGCUCCCGUUUAUCACAGGGGAUAUGUUCCAGAUCCGCCUGUAAAAAGUGAACAUUUAUAGAGACCAUAUUUUUUUUCAUCAUAAUUUUGCACCUCCCACAUGCUUUAAACACAUUUAAAUAUAUUAAAACACACUUAAACUUAUUAAACAAGCUUUUUUUCAACCCAUUGUAAACAUAUUUGAACAGAAAAAAAUUGUAUACAAAGUUCCGUACGCAUUGUAGUGUCUGGUUAUUGGAUAUGUGCCUGUAAUACUGCAUGUGAGUGCCUGGGCGUGAGCUGUGGCUGACAACAGUUUCUGCGUGAAUGUGCUCAUUGUGUUAAUGUAUUUUAUGGUUAUCCAGGCAUUCAAUAAAUGGCUAA